GUGUGUAUUCUCUGCUCCGGAGCAGAAGCCGGAAGUACGUCAUGUUGUUGUCAGCAACAGUUGCUGUGUCUUGUUGUCAGCAACAGUUGCUGUGUCUUGUUGUCUUGUUGUUUUGUUGUUUUGUUGCUUCCGGUUUUAACGGAUUUCUAACUUACGUCAUGAAAAUGACCGUUUCUGUCGUCACUUCCGUCUCUCGGUGACGUUUGGCGGUGCAGCAGUCCUUUGGUUCCGUGUGACGCUGAGCGGGAACUUUGAACGGUUAACGGCGGACACCCCGUCACGGACCGGAGGAGCCCCGGUUGUCUCCCGGUUGUCUCCCGGUUGUCUCCCGGUUGUCUCCCGGUUGUCUCCCAGUUGUCUCCCAGUUGUCUCCCGGUUGUCUCCCAGUUGUCUCCCGGUUGUCUCCCAGUUGUCUCCCAGUUGUCUCCCGGUUGUCCGCCGGUAUGCUGCCUGUGGCGGCCUCGGGCUCUCUGCGGGCUUUCCCCGGUGUCGUCAGUCCAGAUCAGUCCUCCUGCAGCUCGAGUACCGGGGACGUGUUGACCCGGUCCACUCGGGUUCAUGAAGCUGGACCAGGACCAGGACCAGUCCAGAUCACCGUCCAGAGAGUCCGGGACCGGCAGGUCCAGCCUCCUGCGGCCGGGCAGCAGCAGAGUUCCGCGACAGAGAGCCAGCAGCGGCUGAAGCUCCGACAGAGGCCGGACAGAGGCCCUCCUCCGCCCGAUAAACGGACACUGAAGAAACCGGAAACGACCAAAGAGCUGCGAAGAAGAGUCAGUCCAAACAGGAAGUCCUCCACUGGGACACUCAGAGAUGAAGAGACAGGUGACCUGCUGACAUCACGUUUCUCUGCUGGAGGUCGAGGAGCCGUGCUCGCUGCUCUGAGACAACGCUCUCACAGCGCCCCCCACAGGAGGGAGGUCAGGGUGCAGCUGCUGGACCCGGGCCCACUGCAGACCGUCUCCCAGCAUGCACCUGAUACCAGGACCAGCUCCCAGCAUGCAGUGGGUGUGGCAGAGGUCCAGAUGGAGGCAGAGCUGUCCUCUGGUUGUCCAGGAGACAAGACCAACACUUCUCACCUCAUCAAGUACUCUCUGGAGGAUCGGGUGUCUCAGCUGACUGAUGAGGUUCAGAAGCUGCUGCAGGUUCACAGGGAGGGCGUGGACAGUGGACAGAGCUUGAGCCACCAGACGUUGCGUCACCUGGAGACGCUGCACAGUCAUCAGCUGCAGCUACAGGGCCAGCUGCUGGAGUCAGCCCUCAGGAUAGUAGCGGGCCGUGCCACCGUGACCCCCACGAUCUCUGACCCCGCCCAUCUACAGGUCACUCACCUGGACACCGCAGCAGACACCUUCAGCAACCAGCAGCCAAUCUCCAUGGCAACCACUGAGACCAGCCUCGUUACUAUGGCAACAUCCUGCCUUGACCAAUGGACUGAACAAACCAGAGGUGACCUGUAUUGCCGACGUGCUCCCUGUGUUUCCACGGCAACCCAGCCAGCUACAGGAAGUCACCUGCAGUCUUCGGUCGAUCACAGUCAGGCAGCGGAAAGAAGAGCCAAUGAGAUGCUGAGGGAGAUGAGACGUCUGAAGACAGAGAUGAAGAUGCUGCUGAAGCCAGAAGACUCUCUGAAAACCACCAGACCUGCACGAGACCACCACCAAGAAAAACUGCUCCAGUCCCAACAGCCUGAACAGUCCCAACAGCCUGAACAGUCCCAGUCUCAACACUCCCAGCCUAAACAGUCCCAGCCUCAACAGUCCCAGCCUCAACAGUCCCAGCCUCAAAAGUCCCAGCCUAAACAGUCCCAGCCUCAACAGUCCCAGCCUCAACAGUCCCAGCCUCAACAGUCCCAACAGUCCCAGUCUCAACAGUCCCAGUCUCAACACUCCCAGCCUCAACAGUCCCAGCCUAAACAGUCCCAACAGUCCCAGUCUCAACAGUCCCAGUCUCAACAGUCUCAACAGUCACAGUCUCAACAGUCCCAGCCUCAACAGUCCCAGUCUCAACAGUCCCAGCCUGUACAGUCCGAGCCUCAACAGUCCCAACACUCCCAGUCUCAACAGUCCCAGUCCCAACACUCCCAGCCUCAACAGUCCCAGCCUAAACAGUCUCAACAGUCCCAGUCUCAACAGUCCCAGUCUCAACAGUCCCAGUCUCAACAGUCCCAGUCUCAACAGUCACAGCCUCAACAGUCCCAGCCUGUACAGGUCCGUAGGAGGUCUCUGGUUCCAUCCAUGUUGGAGGAUGCAGGUCGAGUUCUCCAUCAGGUUCAGAGACAGAAGAAGGUUCUGGAGGAGAACCUGGAGGCUCUGCUGAGAGCCCGAACAGGAGAGGUCCUCCACUGCCAGCUGGAGGCACUGGCUGCUAACAGUGAUUGGACGGAGGAUGUCCGCAUCAAGCAGACGGUGGACGCCUGGAUUAACACUCUGACCAAAGACAUCCAGGCUGAGAGCUCCUCUGAUGCUGUGUCCAAACACUCGAUGACAUCACAGCAGAGGGCUGCUGGAAGCUCCUCCCCUGCAGGUAGGGGGAGGCCAGUGAGCGUGCUCAGAGGAACACGAAGUAAGCCUGCAACAGGGAGAGGACAGACGGCUGGACACAGACAGGGGGCGGAGCAUGACAGAGCCACAGGUAGACUGACAGACAGGGAGCAGGUGGAGGCGGGCGGAGAGUUGUACCUGAGCCGUCUGUACGGCAGAGCUCCAUAUGAAGGUCUAAGACGGACCCUGAAGAAGAGUCCAUACCUGCGCUUCAGCUCACCUGCAUCACCGCUUGGCAGGAAGCCCCGCCCCCGACUGGUGGAGAGCGUCAGAGGUGUGAAGGUGAAGUCCUGUAAGACUCAGACCAGUUUGGCUCCUCCCCUUACUCGGUCACCUGGACGAUCUCAGCAUCAUGACAUCAUCAGCCCCUCCCCUGCUUACUUCACAGUGACCCCUGCAGAGAGUUACUCCGUUGCCAUGGCGAUCCCUCUGGGUCGUCCCAGGAUGGAUUCUUCCAGGUGUGUCCCUGAGCGUCAGCAGGAAGUGACAUCACCACCUACAGCUCCUCCAACAUCUAUUGUGGUUGCCAUGGACCAUGAGCUGCAAUCACCUGUCAGGUCAGAGGUCAGAGGUCAGAGGUCACUGACAGGUGGGUUUGUGUCGAAGGUGGAGCAGCUGGAUUCAGGUGAAGCUCCUCCUCCUCCUCCCGAUGACAUAAUUGAGAUGAAGAGUGGAGAGGAAGAGAACCUCUUUCCUGGAACGGACUUCCUGUCUGUCGCUGACGUCCAGCAGGAGGAGCAGAGCAUUGUGGGUGAGGAGGCGGGUCUUGUGGGUGAGGAGGUGGUGCAGUUGGAUGGAGGCCCGUCUCCCCCUCCGGUUCUGUAUCAGGGUCCAGUCUUCCCUCCCCAGGCUCGCUCUGCCCUCCCUGCCCAGGAUGAAGCCUCUGUCCUGGGCCUCGACCUGCAGAGAGACGCCCUGGAGACCCGGCUGGUGGAAUGGGUGGAGCAGCAGCUGAUGUCCAGGAUGAUCUCAGAGAUACACCGCCCCCCUCCAUGUGACCCCGCCCAGAAUGACUCCACAGACCAAUCGGAGCUCAGCAAGCAGAGCCUCACCUCAGACAUCGUGGAGGCAGCAGGCGGUGCAGGUCUGCAGCUGUUUGUGGACUCCAACAUGUCGGUGGACUCGGCUCUGAUCCGCCAGCUGGUUGAUGAGGUUCUGACCGAGCACAUCGCCCUGAUGCUGGGACACAGAAACAUGCUGGAAACAGGACCAGAACCAGAACCACCCAAACCAGGUCCAGGAGCACACAAGGAGGAGAGACCUGUACUGCUGCUUCCUACACCAGAACCGACCCCUCCACCCAGCCCGACCCCACCCAGCAGGGAGACCCCACCCCUGACCACACCCCCUCCCUCUGAACCAACCAGCCUGCUGAACGAGGAGUUUCAGCCAAUCACAGCAGCAGAGCCAAUAGCCACGCCCACCUCCAGUCCAGAGCCCGCCCCCUCUGCAGGAAGUGCUCCUGCUGUUCAAGCCCCGCCCCCUCUCACCUGGGGAGACGCUGAGCUGCCAUUGGAUGAGGAGAGACCAGAGGAACACCUGGAUACACACACACAGCCGCUGGUGAUGUCAGCAGCUCAGGUGGGGCCUCCCCCCCCUCCUCCUCCUCCUCCUCCUUCUCCUCCUCUUCCUCCCUCCUGUCCUCCCUCCCCCCCCACCAAACCAGGUCCAGGAGCACACAAAGGACAGCCUCAGGUGGGCCUCCCCCCCCUCCUCCUCCUCCUCCUAUCUUCCUCCUCUCCGCCCUCAUGUCCUCCCUCCCCCCCCUCCUCCUCCUCCUCCUCCUCCUCCUCCUCCAGCAGCUCCUCCUCAGUGACCAUUGAGACUGAAGCUGCUCUGAGACACAUUUCAGAGGGAGAGCUGCUCAUCAGCAUCAGCCAGCAGGCCGCCAUGACAGAGGAAGCUGUCUGUAGUUUCUCCAGCUCCCUGCAGGAGUUUCAGGACAUGGACUUGGACCAGGUCAGAGGUCAGGACGUCCUGCUGAUGGACGGAGAGAGACCACAGCCAGAGGGCUCCUGGGGGAGGGGUCAGGAGGACGAGGUGAGUGUUGGGGAAAUGAGAGACAUUUGGACUACAAAGCCUCACCGGACUACAAAUCCCAAAAGUUCCAGACAGAGUGCAGCAGGUAGUCAGACCUCGUCACCUGGACAGAUCAGUGCAGACCUGUCAGAGGCAACCAAUCAGGGCUCGGUCGGUACGCUGACCUCUGACCUCCAGACUGACCUGUCACUGGAUCCUCUCCCUCACCUGGAGGACACACCCACUGCAGGACAGGUGCUUCCUGCUGUCAGUCAGCUCAACUCUCCAGCAGGCGUCAGCAGGAGGGCGGGGCUUCUCUGCAGGAGGGUGGAGCUUCACCUGCCGGCCAUCAGACUGGACGACGAAUCAGCAGCAGAUACAGACUCCUCCACCAACCUUUGAUGAUGUCAGAGGAGGUGUGAUGAUGUCACGUUUCUCACUAAAGUCUUUUUAAUGUUUUGAAUAAACUUUAUUGAUCAUCA